UUCAUGGAAUAUGAAAAGGGCCUUGAACAUAAUUUCACCCAAGAUGGAACUAUAGACCUUAAGGGUAGACCCGUCUCACGAUCAAAUACUGGGAGAUGGAGAGCGUGUUACUACAUGCUAGGGUAUGAAGUGUGUGAAAGAAUGGCAUACUAUGGAAUAGCAACAAAUUUGGUCUUGUACUUAACAAGGGAAUUGCACGAAGGCACAGUGAAAUCAUCAAACAAUGUCACAAAUUGGAUUGGAACUGUGUGGAUAACUCCUCUUUUGGGUGCAUAUAUAGCCGACACAUACUUGGGAAGAUAUUGGACUUUCAUGAUUGCCUCGGUCAUUUAUUUUCUGGGUAUGUGUUUGUUGACUCUUGUGGUUUCACUACCAUCGCUAAAACCGCCAACAUGUGGCAAAGAUGUGAGCUAUCUGAAUUGCGAUAAAAGAGCAUCUUCGUUCCAAGUUGGAAUCUUUUAUUGUGCACUUUACAUUAUUGCAAUCGGGACAGGUGGAACUAAGCCUAACAUAUCGACUAUGGGUGCAGACCAAUUUGAUGAUUUUGAUCCCAAAGAAAAAGCCCACAAACUCACUUUCUUUAAUUGGUGGAUGUUUAGCAUCUUUUUUGGCACUCUUUUCUCAAAUACAUUCUUGGUGUACAUACAAGAUACGGUGGGUUGGGCCUUAGGGUACGGUAUCCCUACUUUGGCUCUACUUGUGGCAAUAAUAGCCUUUAUAUUUGGGACGCCAACUUAUAGGCAUAAACCAAAAGUUGAAAGCCCAUUUACUAAGAUGGCAAAAGUACUAGUUGCCAGUUUUAGAAAAAGGAAUGUAGUUGUACCUGUUGACCCUAAAGAGCUCCAUGAGUUGACUUUGGACAAGUACUCUAGUCCCGGGAAAUAUAGACUUGACCAUUCAAGUUCAUUACGGUUCCUCGACAAAGCUGCAGUGAAGAUAGAAGAACCGGAUUCAGAAUGGAAGUUAUGCCCGGUGAGUCAAGUUGAGCAGACAAAACAAAUGGUCAAAAUGCUCCCAAUUUUGUUUGCAACGUUUAUUCCUAGCACAUUGUUUGCUCAAACACAUACUUUAUUCAUCAAACAAGGCACGACCUUGGUUCGAUCAAUGGGACCACAUUUUGAAAUCCCGCCAGCUUGUUUAGCAGUCUUCCUUACAAUUUCUAUGUUGAUUAGUAUUGCGAUUUAUGAUCGUUUGUUUGUUCCUUGGGUUCGAAAAUUUACACAAAAUCCACGAGGCAUCACUUUACUGCAACGGAUGAUAAUUGGAAUAACCUUACAUAUCAUUACCAUGAUCAUUGCUAGUCUUGUAGAAAGACGACGACUAAGUGUCGCUAAAGAUCAUGGCAUAACCGAGAAAGGCCAAAUUGUGCCUCUAAGCAUAUUUAUUCUCCUUCCUCAAUUUGCAUUAAUGGGUGUCGCAGAUUGUUUCUUAGAAGUUGCUAAACUUGAGUUUUUCUAUGAUCAAGCGCCUGAAGGAAUGAAAAGUCUUGGAACAGCUUAUUUUACAACUAGUCUUGGUGUUGGGUAUUUUCUUAGUAGUUUCAUCUUAUCGACCGUAGCUAAUGUCACCAAGAUGAAUGGACACAAAGGUUGGAUCCUAAACAACCUCAAUCAAUCACACCUAGACUAUUAUUAUGCAUUUUAUGCGAUUUUGAGCUUUGUGAACUUUAUGGGCUUCCUUGUUAUCGCGAAAAACUUUGACUAUAAUGUCGAAGUUGAUCGAUCCGAACAAGAGUUGGAACAAGAUAUUGGAAAGUUCACGGAACAAAGUUAUGUUGCCGGAUGA